CACCGCGGUUUUGCCUUUUAAAAUUAUAAUUUAAAAAAAAGGCGGCGAUCGCUCACAGUGUCGCCAACCGUUUGUACCGUCGCGCGCGCGUGCACACUGUACAAAGUUCGUUCCCUCAGUGUACCUGAUAACGAUACCGUCGAGUAGUGAUAACGACGGGACGGUUUGGCACGACCACAACACUGGGAAAUGGCAAAUUUAAGUGAAAACUAAUUAUUAUUGCUCCCAGUGCCGUCGUGUGGAUCCCGUUUCCCGUUGGAUGGUGUCAGCAGCAGCAGCUUUGGUGGUGGUCCGAUGACGUGUUGACCGGCCGAGGCAACGACGACGGCCGCUUGUCCAAAAACAUCCACCGAAACACAAAAAUGAAAUUGUAGUAAAGGAGAUACAACAUGAGACAGCAGGGCUGGCUGCGUAUUUUGGCUUUCCUUGCGUCGUCAUGGGUCGCAUUUCUAUUGAUAACGUUUAAGUUUGUACGGCAACAGGACAAUGUAGACGGUGAUUCAUCCCAAAGACUGGCCAGAGCUUUACGAGAGCUCGAUAAGUUACACAAAAGCAAUGCCGAGCUCAACGCACUGGUCUUAGAUUUAAAUGACAAUCCAAAAGCCGAUCAUAAGAAAGUUCUUUUGGCGUACAUGCAAAAUUCAAAAGGCACCGGUCAGGACGCUCCGCCUGAAGAAUACGAGCUUUUACGCCGUCGUAUUUACGCUAAUAUCAAAGAACUGUGGUACUAUGUCGACGCUGAAUUGAAAUCUCUGGGAAAAGAAAUCGACGACGAAGGCAUCGAGCGCGUGAACAAAAUGAAAAACCGUGUCGGCGAACGUUACAGGUCUUUGCUCAACGAUAUAUCCAACUUGGCCGAGGUCGAUGGUCACGCGUCGUGGAGAAAACAAGAGUCGGAGGAUUUGAGUAAUUUAGUCCAAAAGCGAUUGCAUCAUUUACAGAAUCCUUCGGAUUGUACCAAAGCUAGGAAAUUGGUUUGCGAUCUUAACAAAGGUUGCGGAUACGGCUGUCAACUGCAUCACGUCGUUUACUGUUUUAUCGUUGCGUACGCCACCGAGAGAACGCUCGUGCUGAAAUCCAAGGGGUGGAGAUACUCCAAAGCCGGUUGGCAAGAAGUGUUCUUGCCGUUGAGCGACACCUGCUUGUCGCCCAGUGGACAGACGAUAAAUCGAUGGCCAGGUAGCCGCAAAACUCAAGUCAUCACCCUUCCUAUUAUCGACUCGAUAAACCCUCGGCCGCCUUUUUUGCCGCUCGCUUUGCCCGAAGACUUGGCUCCCAGACUGAACGUAUUGCACGGCGAUCCUGUCGUCUGGUGGAUCGGCCAGUUUCUGAAAUACAUGCUUCGGCCACAACCGGCUACCAGCCAAAAGCUACACGAUUACGCCAACAAAGUCGGAUUCAAAAAACCCAUUGUCGGAGUGCAUAUCAGAAGAACGGAUAAAGUCGGUACGGAAGCAGCGUUUCAUAAACUCGACGAAUAUAUGAUUCACGUCGAAGAAUAUUACAAACUCAGAGAGCUAGGAGGGAGUAAAGUCGACAAAAAACGAGUAUAUUUAGCCACGGACGAACCGAAAUUAUUUGCCGAAGCCAAACGAAAAUAUCCAGAGUACGACAUAAUUGGCGACGAAGAUAUAUCCAAAACGGCGUCGAUCAGUAAACGAUACUCCGGUCAAUCGUUAAGCGGUAUCAUCACCGAUAUUCAUUUCCUUUCGCUAAGCGAUUACUUAGUUUGCACAUUUUCAUCACAAGUUUGCAGAGUGGCCUACGAAAUAAAGAACACGCUCGGACCCGACGCUUCGACCAUGUAUACGUCUCUGGACGACAUAUACUAUUACGGAGGUCAAAAACGACGGCUACACGUAGCCAUUUUGCCUCACGAAGCCGACGGUCCUCACGAAAUGGACCUGCGAGUCGGCGACGAGAUCACGGUGGCCGGCAACCAUUGGGACGGUUACUCGAAAGGAACGAAUUUGCGGACAAAGAAAAACGCGUUGUACCCGACUUUUAAGGUUAUUCCAAAAAUUGAAACGGCCCGUUUUGCCAGCUAUCUCGACGUUCCUCUGAGCGCUAGUUAUUUGUCGGAGAAAAAUAGAUAACUGUGUGGGGUGUGCUACGAUGUAUUUAAUUUUACACCGAGUGCACUUAGUAUACACGUGCAUAUAUUAUAUUUACGAUAAGUUACACGCUCACCACUUAACCCAAAGGUCUUGACUACUUUAACAUAUAUUAAAUUAAACAACACGAGCGACUGUCCCCAAAUUUUUUCAUAACUUUUGUUGAUUUAACUCUGUGGACGAUUGAAUUGAGUAUUUUUUUUUCUUUUCUAUUUUUACUGUGAUAAUAUUCGAUUUUCAGCUCUCUAAUUUUACCAACUAGUCCAUUUUAUUUUAUUUUUAUGAUCUGUAACGUAAUUUGGCAAUUUAUUUUACUGUGUGGCUGCUUACACGUUUUUUUAUUUAUUUUCAUAAAUAUUAUGUCGCUAUUAUUUAAAUCGAACAAUAAUAUUAUGAAAUUCGUAAAACCGUUUUAGUCUUAUUUGUCGUUAAGUUAUAUAUUUUUAUUAUAUAUAUAUAAAAAAAAAAUGUCUUCGGUGUGCAGUUAAAAAUGUUUAUUCGAAUGUUUGAUUUCGGUGAAUUGUUUUUUUAAAUUUUUUUUUACCGUCGAAGGCAAGUAUAAAAUUGAUAGUAUAUUGUUAGAUUUUUUUACUCGUUUGUUGAUUUUUGAACAACAACCAAAGCUAUUAUAUAUUUCUCUCGACUGUGUAUUAUACCAAACGUAUGAAUAUUUAUUUUUUAUCUUUAGUUUUAUAUUCUUUAAGUCAGUAACGACACUACUUAUUAUCAUAAGAAACAUACACACGAAUCGCAAUCUAAGAGUAUUAUUGUACAGUAUUUUUGAAUCGGACCGAUAGGUAUGUGUAUUAUUUAUUUUUAGUUUAGUCAAUCCAAUUAUAUUUUAUGUUAAAAAUUAAACACACGAUAGGUAAUAUCACAAAAUUAUAAUACAUUAUACCAAACAUUAUAUUUAUUUUUCAUCUUUAGUUUGUAUACUCUUUAACGACACUACUUAUCAUAAGGAAUGUACACUACUUAAAUUAUUAUUUUACAGUAUUUUUUUUUAAUUGAACGAGAACAUUUUUUCAAUACACGUAUUAUUUAUAUUUAUUAUUCAAAUAUUGGUUGGACAAUUUUUUCACCCAAAUGUUAAACUUAAGCUCGUGAAUAGUUUUCGAUGUAUUAUAAUACCACCCGCAGUAUUUUCUAAACAAAAUGUAUUUUAUCAAACGCAAAAUAUUAAAUAUGUUAAUUAAUGAUGUAUGAUGCACAUAUUUUUAUAAAACUCGUAUCGUUUUGUACAACUAAAGUAGCGUGCACCACCAAAUACGUUUACAAUAGAAUAAAAUGUUUAUUUGUCAUAUAUAUUAACGCAAAUGAUUUAUGUGUAUUAUUUAUUAUCUAUUCGUAAGAAAAGCCAACAAUAUUGUAUUGUUUUAAUAUGCACGCAUGACCUGGAAAAUAAAUAAUUAAGUAUAAAAUAUUCUAUUUUUUUUAAAUUUAAUUACUGUAAGAUUUAUUAAUCGAUAGUGUUAGUUUAUUUAGCUAUAUUAUUACCGACAGUAUGAUGUUAACCGUUUUACGGCGAUCUGAAAUUAUAAGACACGUGUUUUUCUUGUUUUUUUUUUUUCUUACAACAACUUUUUAUACAUUUUUCUGUUAGGCGAUUUAUUCGAACGAAUUAUUAAAAUUAUGAACAAUUUAUCGAGUUACGUUCAAUUAAAAAUAAGUGUCUUUCGAAUUGUGUAUAUUGAUUUAAUGUAUUUUUAAGGUUACGUUAAGACGAUUACUGAUCCGAUAUGAAGACGUCCGACAGACGUAUUGUAUUCUUGGACAGUGCAACUAGUUUGAAAGUUAUAGUGCCCAAAUAAAAUAAUGGAAAAAAACUCAAA